AUGGCGAAGGAUCCAGUUCGUGUUCUUGUCACUGGAGCUGCAGGACAAAUCGGAUAUGCGCUUGUACCUAUGAUUGCAAGAGGGAUAAUGCUUGGUGCAGACCAGCCAGUGAUCCUCCACAUGCUCGACAUCCCUCCCGCUGCUGAAGCUUUGAACGGUGUCAAAAUGGAGCUGAUCGAUGCUGCUUUCCCUCUUCUCAAAGGUGUGGUGGCUACUACUGACGCCGUUGAAGGGUGUACAGGUGUCAAUGUUGCAGUUAUGGUCGGUGGUUUCCCGAGGAAAUAA